CAUUUGUGAGUGGUUGGUGCGGGACCGGGGACCGCGGGCCCGCAGCCCCCACGGGCCACCGGCACCCCGCACCCCGGAGCCGCCGCCGCCGUCCCCGAGCCGGUACCGGCCCUCAGGGGCCGCGCCGCCCGCGCCGCCAUCUUCAACGGCCCCGCCGCCCUCACCCAGGACCAAUUGUUGGAAUCUGGGACUACAUAAACACCAAAUAUUAUUGAAAUAUACAUGAGAAUCUGUCACAGGAUGGAGAUAUUUUUGCAGAGUCCUGAGUGGCUUGGGUGAAUGGAAGGAAUAAGGGGCCCUUUGGAUUCUGCUACUUUAUUGUUGAUGUAAGAAGCAUGGUGAAACCAGUGAUCAAAGCCACUGCACAAACCAAGACAUCACAAGCAUAGCUUGCAAGUGUCUUUACUGACUGAGAAGCUAAAAUUAUUUUCUGCCUAUGAAAGUUGGAAAAUGUUCAGAAACCACUAUCAGGGGGGCCGGUUUGUUGAAAUAUUCAGUGCUCAAGGCAACAACCCAGGAGCAAAAUGGAAGAUUUUUGGCAACCCAUCAGCUAUAUCAAAAGAAUACGACAAAGAACUAAAAGGCUUUGUUUUUGUACUUGAAGGAAACAGUCUAAUCAACAAAAUGAAGCUACCAAGGGAAACCAAACAAACUUUGGGACUGGUGCAGCAAUAUCUGACACUUCAGAUUUUUGUGCCAUUGGGAAAAGACUUCGCCACUGAGUUACUGAUAACUGAUUUUGACAAUAUUAAAAGAAGAUUGUAUUUGUCAACGGUGCACAAGGAGUUGUCUGUAACCCCUCUGCAUGCCAAAAUUCCUCUGUUUAUGAUCAAGCGCAAAAUAUGGUGCAAUAUGUGUAUUGACUUGGUAACAUUUACCUAUGAAAUAUUCAGAGGAGCUCUCUUCCAGUCCUUGGAUGGAAUUACUAUUUCAGCCAACUGUAAGCUAAGAAAGGUCUUCACUUUAAAAUUCAAGCCUCCAGUUACAGCUGAGGAAGAUGGUACAUCCAUUGUUACACCUGGGCCAUAUGAGGUCUCAGAUGAUAUUCCUCCAACCUGCCAGCUCAAUUCUGAUGUCCCACAAGUUACACAACUGCUGGAUCUAAAUGAAAUUCACAAGCCAAAAACAAAAUGCAGGGAAAAGGCAUUGCAAGAAACAGGUAUUCUGGGUAAUAGAGGCCAAGGCAACACAUGCAAUGGUAAAACUCAGGAUGUAUCACAUAUUGCAUUUGGGUCAAAGAUCCUUGGGCCACCUCCAUCUUCAAACAGAAGAACCAAUGCAAAGGUACCUGGCAAGGUAACAAAGACCUUGGGUAGCAAAACAUCGUGCCAACUUCAAAAUUCAGGAACGCCAACUGAAACCAUACCAGAAAAUGAGAGGUUGGAGUCACCACUGUGGCCAUGCAAUGAUACUUUAGAUCAAGGAGGCAAAAGAAGUACUCUCCAAACACCUGCAAAUGAAUAUCAAAAUGACCCUGAAAUUCAGACUCUGACAACACCUGUAAGUGGAGAAGCAGAUUUUCAGCUCACCUCACCACAAGUACCAUCGCCAGACAAGGACAGUCAUAUAAGAUUAUCUCCAAAAAAUGCAGCCAAAGCCACAUGGGAGAUAACCAAUGAUACAUGGGUGUUUCCAGAGAGGUUCACUGAGAGCAUUCAGUUGGAUAGCAAGGAGCACUUUGAAGCUACUGCAAGUUCAGCCUGCUGUGAUUUGCACUUGGAAGCUUCUGGAAGUUCAGCCUGCUGUGAUUUACCCUCAGCCCAGAAUGCCUCUGUUGAACCUCCUGGCAGGGAAACAGCUGAUCACCAAAGGAGUAAGAAAGAGGUUUUCACAUUUUCAUCCAAACCUCGAUCAGCUCCUUACGGAACAUCUCCCAACAUAUCCCCAGAAAGUUCCAUUUCCCCACUGGAGUUGGAGCCCGACAGUAACGGAGAACAGGAGCAAACCAAAACUGAAGAUAGCUUUGAGCAAACCAAAACUGAAGAUAGCUUUGAAGGAGCUGACAGCAGUGAGGAGGAUGACAACAGUGAACUCAUCCAGAGUGCUGAGAACAUUGAGAACAGCCACAGCAGACAAGGAACACCUGAUUCAGCAGUUUUUAAAGAGAUGCCAUUAAAUAAGAUGUCACAGGGAAAUGAAUACUGGAAGAAUAAGGAACACAGCAAAUAUAACUUCGAAGAGGCCGUCUUAUCAAAACCACAGAGUUCCACCAUGACAAAAACAGAAUCUAUUAGCUUUCAGAGAAGUUUAAAGCCUAUCCUUUCUCUUUCUCCAAUUCAAAGUAAAUCCAAAUCCUUUAGAGUAAUUAGAAAUGUAUCUGAAGAAACUGAAAGAUAUGAAGGUUUUUCAGAUCAAUUCGAAAGAUCUGUCAGUAAAACAUCUCUCAAGAAAGUUUCAAAUGGAAAUUCAUGUCUGACAGCACAGACUUUUGAGUAUGACAGGAAAAAGUACCAGUCAAAUAGACUGAGUUCAUCUGAACUACAGAUGCUGGCCAGCACGAAGAGACAACAAAAUGAAGAAUUAUGGGAUGCUGGGAUUUCCCAUGGGCUGGGUGCCACACUGAUCAAUUGCUGCAAUGUCACCCUAAGUAUGAGCAGUGAUGAUGAUACAGCAACCUGGAACUCUGGUUUCUCACCACCUGUCAGUCAGCAGCAUCACUAUCAGAAAGAAAUGAGCCCACUUUCCCAUUCCAGCCCACGGGACUCGUUAAAUGUGUUCAGUCCCCCUGUCAUUCCUGGAAGCCAACAACUAGAAGAGAACACUAAAUCUUCAACAAAACAGACCUCCAGAUACUCAAAAAACCCUGCUGUACUGAAAGGAUCAUUUCUCCAAGAAACAGGAGAGAACAACAAAGCCAUUCCAUGACCUUCCCUCCCCAAACAGGACAGUUUGGAUUUUUUCUGAGCUACUGGACUCCCCUCUCUAUGAAGCAGCAGAGAAGCUGCAGUGCUGUGUGAUAAAGGCCUGUCAGAUUGGAUCGUCCCCAUCAAACAUCAGAAUCUGGGUAUUUUCCUAGGUACCAAAAAAACCCAAUGGACCAUGGUAACUAGAUGGUUUAGAGUAUCAUUUUUGAAAGAGGUGCUAGAUAAAUUGUGUCCUGUGAUAUAUCUUGAGGACCUUGGGAAAAACUUUUUUUCCUUAUUCAUUUCAGUUGAGGUCAGUAAUUUGUGUGGUUCAUUACUGACAGUUAUAUACCAGAUGUGAACAACAAACUGAAUGCUCA